GCAAUUUAGUUCGCUUUGUCGCGCAAUUUAUACAGCAAAAUGUGUAACUGCGAUUGAUCGUUACUCGCAACGUAGCGGUUUUACCCUGUAAAAUUGCCCUGCCUCUCUCGUGACAUCGUGGAGGGGAGUGCACCACGGAGCUAGACCGAAGGUCUCGAUUGCCAUAUUUUCUUCACGACUUCUUGUACAGUCGUUAUUCACCUCGUUGGAAGAGGAUGACGUGCACGGUUUCCCGAAGUGAUGGUUCAAUGUGACGUUACAUGCCACCAUGUUGACAAGUACCGUAAGCCCGUUGCUGAGAAUCGGUCUCUCUUUGAUUGGCGUAUGGCCCGGCGCCUCACACGCGACGCCUCGCUGGCUCUUUUACAUGACGACCCUUGCCGUGAUGCAGUAUUUUCAAUACUACUCCGUCUACGUGCAUCUCGAUUUCAGUAAUCUCUCGAAAUUGAUGGAUGGUCUGGGCCUAACUCUGGCUUACACCCAGACUACACUGAAGAUACUCAGCCUCUGGCUCAAUCGUCGGAUAUUCGCAGAUAUUUUAGAAGCGAUGAAUGACGAUUGGAAAGAUUGCGAGACCAAGUUGCGCGAAUGCGUGAUGAUAGACAAGGCUAAUUUGGCGCAUCGUUGCUCCAACGCUAUGAUAUCGAUAAACAUUCUCUCCACGUUUUUGUAUUUUAUCGAUAAGUACAUACGUGGACAUAGGGUUUCUAAAAACGGACAACUGUUUCGCGAGUUUUCGAUACAAAUACAGUUUCCGUUUGACGUUUACAAAAGGCCCGUUUACGAGCUCGUCAACGUGGGGUUGUUCUUCCAUGUGUUCGUAACGGGGGUCGUAAUGGCGAUGCUGAAUGCUUUGAUCCUAACGUUGGUACUUCACGUAAGCGGACAAAUCGAUAUUAUGUGUCAAGAGCUAAGAGAGAUUCCUUCCACGCUCAAAUCUAGCUCAGUGUCCACCAAAACGCUUGUCGGAAGACAUCAGAAAAUUAUAUCGGUGUCGAAAUACAUCGAAGAUCUUUUUACAUACGUUUCUCUGUUACAAUUCGUAUGGAACACUCUUGUUAUCUGUGCCUUAGGAUUUAUGGUCGUGAUAUCUUUAGGUAACAUGACGAGUAAUUCCGGGGUAUUGACGCAAUGUAUUAUUCCAUACCUCGCAGUGACUAUGGAAGCGUUUGUACUUUGUUUUGCCGGCGAUUAUCUGAGCACUAAGAGCAAAGCUAUCGGCGAUGCGGCGUAUGAGGUGGUUUGGUACGAUUUAUCUACUAGCGAGUGCCGAAGUUUGUUAUUCGUGAUUCUCAGAUCUCAAAAGCAACUGACGAUUACGGCUGGGAAAGUCGUAGAUCUGACGUUGGAAAGUUUCAUUACUGUCAUGAAGGCUUCAGCCUCAUAUGUUUCGGUUUUAUAUGCGUUAUAUUGAAACACGAAUUAAUCUAUGUUGUUUGCAAGUAUAUUGUUAAAUUAUCACGAGUUACGUACGAGUACAUGAAUGAUGUACAUUUGAUGUAGGAAGAUUAAUAGAAAUAUGAUUAAUUUAGUUGUGCAGUUUUUCUGUUAUUUGUAACAACCAUAGUUCAAUCCUGUUCAUAGAUUUACAAUUUGUCGAAUGUGUAUCUCAAUGGUAUCUCUGUUCUUCAUCAGACUUGAGUUAUAAGAUAGCAAAUUAUUCAACUUUCCACAGUAAAAUCUGCCGUAAAAUAUUCCAGUGACACCAAAUAAUGCGUUUUAAAUAUCAAGGUUUAUUUCUAGUUCCUUCUCAAAUUAUUGUAAAUUUUUCAGGAGGAAUAAAAACGAUUUAACAGUAAUAUUAAAAAGAUACGAUUAUUCACGUACUAUAUGACAUGGUUAUACAAUUUUUUCACUUGUUAGCUGAGGAUUGAAAAUUACAACGUCCAUUUUCGUCGCUUGAUCUCUCUGCACAGAAUAUUUU